AUGCAAAUGCUGUACGCACGAGUUGAUAUGCAUAUGUAUCGACGAGGCUACACUAGACUGCGCCAUGGCCAGCAGACCUGCAGGAUCCGGAUCCUAGCAACUGCAUGCGCAGAGGGACAGCACUACAGCAAGGUAAGAUACGUCUCUUUGUAUGCACGUGUGAUACGUAUCGAUACCCUCAUCUGCGCUGGAUUCCAGGCUAAAUCUGCGUCUAGUCUCGAGGUUGUGAGUACUUCUACAAUCGAAGCGCAUGCGCACACGGCUGAGCGAAUUGACAAUGAAUCGAAACUCUUGGCUUGGAUUGACUAUAAUUAA